UUCAUUAGAAACGGUAGCAGUCAUGUCAAACAAUAAUGCGAGCAAUAACUUAGCCGUGGCUCACAAAGUUGUUAAACAACUACGACUUGAGGCGAGUGUGCGCAGAAUUCACGUGUCGCAAGCCGCGGCAGACCUGAAGAACUUCUGUUUGCAGAACGCCCAUAAGGAUCCACUGCUUAUGGGCGUGCCUUCCAGCGACAACCCCUUCCGCCCGCCCAAAUCCUGCGGCCUACUCUGAGCUGACGAAGAUGAUGAAGAUGAUGAAGGUUUUGGUCCUGUGUCAGUUUAACUAGUCCCUCCCAUCCAGUCACCGCUUUCAGUGCUCACAAGGCAUUCUUUUCCUUCUCUUUUCUUUUCUUUUUCACUGUCAGGUUUUUGUUUUGUUGUAGUUUUUGUUUUUAAUUUAGAAGAUUUCUCUGAAUGGACAUGUGCUGUAUCCCACUGCUUGUGAUAGGACAUUCAGUAUUCCAACAGUUAGCGUUCGUAGCUGGAAACAGUGGCUGUAUUGUAUGUGCCUCAGGUUUGACUGUUAAAAAAUCUUAUCCUUUUAAAAAAAUGUAUUCUAAAGAUAAACCUGAUUUUUAACAGUCAGAUACGCACACACACAACAUUUAAAGUUCUCGAUACAUCUGUUAUGGAAGAGACACCCACCUUUACUGGUACGGACAAACAUAAAAAAAAACAGUUGCAUUAGAGACAUGAUAGUUCGUAACAUCAUGGAUCAUACUUACUCCAGAAAUUACGUUACCCACAAUUCACCAAGUGCUUCAUCUGUUUGAGGGGAGUGUGGUUUCAGCAUCUUUUCACAUCACCAGCAAAGGCCUCUAGCCAAAAUGUGUGUAUAUUUUUGUUUAUGUGUUUGUUUGUUUGUUUAUGUAAUGUUCCAUUCCAAAACUGUAAGUCAGUGCCCUCUCCUGAUUUCCUCAGCCUCUUGAUCACUGUUCUGUAUGUAGAAUGGAAAAUGCCAUGUUUAGUCUGCCCACACCCAUCCACACUCUCUGUGUCUGUCAGUGCUGAGGAGGGCGGGGACAGCUGGGGGGAGGGGGGUA